CAUGGCUGAUGUUGAUUAGACCAAUCCGUGCUUUUACACAUCUGCGUCAUCUGACCACUUUGUAGGGAGUCAUUAGUCCUGAUUUGAUACAGGAUAUUAUUUUUUCUCCUGACUUUUUGGGUUUACAGAGCAGACAUUGAUCAGGCAGGGGAGAUGUUGAGCUCCAAGCUGCUGACCCUGGUUCUGGUGGUGCAGCCGGGCAGGGUGCUGCUCGGCAUGAAGAAGAGGGGGUUCGGGGCCGGGAAGUGGAACGGUUUUGGGGGAAAGGUUCAACCUGGAGAAACUAUUGAAGAGGGUGCAAGGAGAGAGCUGCAAGAAGAAAGCGGUCUCACGGUGGACGCUCUCGAGAAGGUGGGAAACCUCAAGUUUGAAUUUGUUGGAGAAACGGAGCUGAUGGAUGUCCAUGUUUUCAGAGCUGACAGUUAUAAUGGAGAGCCAACAGAGUCAGAAGAAAUGCGGCCUCAGUGGUUUGAUAGUGACCAGAUUCCCUUCAGUGAAAUGUGGGCUGAUGACAUCCUGUGGUUCCCACUGAUGUUCCAGAAGAAGAAAUUUGUCGGAUACUUUAAGUUUCAGGGUCAUGAUGUGAUCCUCAGCCAGAAACUGGAGGAAGUGGAGGAACUGUGAGACAUCCUGUGUUUCUGAGGACAUUUAUGACUGCGACAACAAGAAUUGGGCUUCCAAAUGUCUUCUUUGAAACAGCAAGACUCUGAGGACUAAACCUCGCACAUGGAGAGUUUUACAUGUAAAAUGUUACUGAUUUAUUUUUUCAAUGAUAAAUAAAAAACAAUCAAAGCAGAA